AUAUCGGUUGUCAAAAAUUAGUCGAGUGAUUGCCUUUGAGGGGGCAAGAUGCGUUCAGUUCUGAGUGCGAUUUUAUUGGAUUUUAACUAACCCACAUACGAAUGUAUUAUAUCUGCCUGCCUUCGCAAAGAUAAGUGUGCAACAAAUAUUGAAUCAAGUGCGUUUACUUAGCAGUGAUAGUUGAAUAGGACGGAAUUGGAGUAAGGAUUUUGCGAUAUUGUUGUUGAUCAACCAAGAGAGAGAGAGAUACCACCCUUCCAGAGCUGCAGCUACACCAAAUGUAUUAUUUGAAUUGAGCGAACCGCAGCGAAGUUGGUUGAGUGAGAGAUACGAACCAUAAGAAGAAAUGGACUCUGAUCGAUGUACGUGCGAUAAGUCGGAAUCGCCUCAAGAUACAGGAAGUGAUACCUCGACAUCCUCCUCAUCCUCGUCCACGUCUCUGUCACCGACAACCAGGGAGAAGAAGCACAAGAUCCGGCUCACUUCUUUCGCGCUGAACCUGCGAAGAGGUCUCAUGUUGCAGUUCAAGGCGAGCAGCAAGCGAUCGCAGAAGAAGUCGCAGCCCGCAUCCGCCGCGUCCCCGUCUUCGUCCUCGUCCUCCGCGUGUUGCGAGGUUGCUGCGCCGGACAAAUGCAUAAAGAAGUCACCCAAAUGGCCGUUGAAAUUCCACUGCACCAAGAAAGAAUCCAAGAACGUGGCGCACGCCGAAGCGCCAAACAUGUGUUGCAUGUGCUGCACUUGCAUAUGCUACAGGAGGACGGAGGAGCAUCAUCUGGGACCUGGGGUUGUCUUUGAAACCGCCAACGAAGCUGCGAGCAGCAAUAACAUUUCCAUGGCCUCUGCAGCUGCCGUCGAACAGCAACCUGUCGAAGAAGUGCCUUCAGUCAUAAGGCAGGAACCAGUCGUGGUUGCUGAGGCUGCGAAGAAUGACGUCGACAAUGGCAUCUACGGAAGCAACAACGUGCAAUCUAUAGUCGUGAAUCCGCCUUCAAUUGAUUGGGUAUGCUCUGUGCACGAAGAUUGCGAUGAGGCGGCGCGUCGUCAAAGAGCGAGGGAAAUUGAGCAGGGCGUAGAUCCACCUGCGAAUUUCAGGACUAUGCGAUUACUGUACACAGACAUGGAAUCGGACGGAGGAACCACACGUUACCAACUCAUGUGUCCGUCCAAUGUAUCCGUGGACUCUCUGAGGGCACUCUUCCAAAACACUGUCACCCUUCAGUCCUGCCCCUUGGACAUCAUCGCUAGCUGUCACACGCAAGUCGACUUUAUACAUUGCCUAGUGCCAGAUUUGCUGAAUAUUACCAAUUGCAGCUUCUACUGGGGUAAAAUGGAUAGGUACGAGGCAGAGAGGCUGCUCGAUGGUAAACCAGAGGGUACAUUCCUGCUGCGAGAUUCUGCACAGGAAGAGUUCCUCUUCAGCGUAUCGUUCAGGAAGUACGGACGAUCGCUGCACGCCAGGAUCGAGCAGUGGGAUCACAAGUUCAGCUUCGACUCGCAUGACCCAGGCGUUUACAUGUCGGACACCAUCUGCGGUCUGAUCGAACACUACAAGGAUCCGAGCAGCUGCAUGUUCUUCGAGCCCAUCCUAACAUCGCCGCUCCACCGCAACUUCACUUUCUCCCUGCAGCACCUCAGCAGAGCCACCAUAACCACCAAGCUCACCUACGAUGACAUAAACUAUCUGCAACUACCAAAAACUCUGAAGAGCUACCUGAAGGAGUACCACUAUCGUCAGAAGGUUCGCGUGCGAGUCGAAGACGAUAUGCAGUGGUUCGACCUUAAGAACAUCCCACCGACCCCGCCGAACUCUUCCUCCUCCUCGGCGUAGUCAGAUAGACACAAACAAGAGAAUCAAACGAGAGAAAGAAAGAAAGAAGGAGUAGAAAACAAGUGCAAUUUUACGACAUAAAUGGGCCUUUCGAAUAUAUUAUACACAUUCAUAUAUAGAUAUAUACAUACAUAAUAUAUUUACGAAAAUUAAUUGCUUUACGAAUAUGAUACACAUAUAGGGUUUUCAACCGUUCCUCCGAGGAACGGAAACAUCUGUAAUGUAAGAUAAUAAUAUUUUGUUUUCGAUUUUUAAGAUAUUUGUAAUAUUUGUACAUAAUAUUUAGGGAU